AUGGCGGAAAACCCAGUCAACCAUGUGGUCUCCGUAUUAAAAGAAGCCAUAGAACAUAUUCAGAAUCAAAUCCCUUCUGCAGGCUCUGCAGCGAACACAACAGGCCCGACAGCAAACACAACAAGUGCUUCAACACCGUCGCAAAGUCAACAAGAAACUUUUAAUCAAGCUGUACAACGCGAUUUUAGGUAAACGUUUUCAGGGUUUUUUCCGCUCAUUAUUUAUUGUACAGGGGGGUUUGAGGAGAAACUGGGAGGGGGGGGCUUUAAAUUUUUUAAAACCUGAAAGGGGGGCUUUGAAAAAAUACAGAAAGACAAAAGAAGGGGGGCUUUGAUUCCUUUGAAAAUAUUUACCAGUUUGAAAAAAACAUCGGUAGUUUUAAAAAUGACCACAAAACAACUUAACAAAUAUAUAAUGUUUAUAGACCUUGGAAGCCAAGUCUCUUAUGUUCAUGCAAGGGACCGGUCAUAAAGUAAAAAGGGGGGGGUGUGCUGGGAAAAUCAUAUAUUUGGUGUCUGCAUUUUUGGUAGCCCACCCCUUAAUAGGUGCAUGGAAAUCUGUAGCCCACCCUUAAAUUGGUGCUGAAAAAUUAAUGACCCACCCCUUUUCCAACUUUUUCCGGAAAAAUUUUUUUCGGACAAGAAUCUCCCCCCCCCCCCAUUUCAGUACUUAGCCCCAAAAAACCGGAAAUUUUAACAAAAAAAUUACCAGGCCCAAUCUUCUGCAUAUUUUUACAUGACCCACCCCUAUCAUUGCGCUUAACUUUCGAUGACCCAGAAACUGUUUUAGAAGUGGCAUUAUUCAUGACAUAACUAUUUGGAUGUCAUCUAUUAAAUAGAGAAUAAUACAUGGGUGCACAGAAAUACCAGAUUUAUUUCGAGUGUUGAACAUGAUAACACGAGAAAUAAAUCUGGUAUUCCUAAGCACCCAUGUAUUUUCCUGUUUAUUAUAUAAAGGACAAUCUUUCAAAGCGAUGAUUUUUACAGAAAAGCGAUAAUUUUCACAUGCGAGAUUAUCAUAAAUAAUCUCACAUGUGAGAUUAUCACUUUUAUCAGUGCUCGAAAUCUCUUUCAAAAACUCAUUAAUAAUUCAUGAAGCAAUUAUCAUCCAAUCUUGAGUAAGAAAUUAGUCACGUGCAUACGUCUUUAUACCAGCUAAAGAACACUUUAACAAAAGAGCAUUGUUAUGCAAACUAUAUAAAGAUUUUUAUAUAAAGAUUUUUAUAUAAAGAUUUUUAUAUAAAGAUUUGACUUACUAUGCAAACCGUUUUUGAAGCCAUUUAAAAAACUCGCAGGUCGGGUUUUAUUAGGUCUAAAGCCACUCGCGCUGCGCGCUCGUGGCUUUAAACCUAAUAAAACACUCCUGCUCGUUUUUUAAAUAGUACAUAAAGCACUAUACUUUAUAUAAUAACAGUGGUUUUUCCAAUAUGAAAACCAACACCAAAGCAGCACUUUUGUUUGGUUUUGUGGUUAAAAGUUAACUAAAAUGUAUUUUAUCUUAUUUCCUCUUAGCAAAGCCUUUCCCAGUCUUGGUGGUGGAGGUCAACGAUUACCUCUUCAUAACCCUCGACCAGCUAAAAGGCAGAAAGUUGUGUUCAUUCAGCCAAAGAAAUCAUGGACACAUGACUUCUGCCUUUUGGCUGAAACUAAUCAAAGCAGAACUACAUCUCCAACACGCCUGUCAGCAAUAAAAGAAGCCGGCCUCGGAAAAAAACGUAUUGUUUUUCCUGACAAGAAUGCUGGGUUUGCAAAGUUGAAGUCAGUUUUAGAAACUGAAUAUCCAAAAUUGAAAUCACAAGAUGGUGCUUUUGAAUUGAUGCGUGCACAAGGUGGUGGUUAUUCACGACCUCUGUGUUUAAUUCCAAUCCCAUCAGAUGGCUACAGUGUACCAUAUCUUAAAGAGAUGGUGGGUGCCAGUACGACAAUUUAUAUACGUCCAAUGAAAGAAUCAUUGUCUGCUGAAAAAGCUCCUGUGUCACUCAGUCCAGAUAGUCCAUUGACUGAAUGCACAACAUGUAAUAAGCAAGUUCCAAUAUUUGCUUUGCGCCAGCAUUCUAAAGACUGUGGUGCUAUAGACAUUAAUAGCGACACGGAAGAAAUUGAAGAUAUUUUAAACCAAGAUGAUGGUGAAGUCAUGAUAGAAGAUACUGCAAAUUUGAAUUCUCCGCGCACGUCAGAAGAUAAGAUAGCCGCAGUGAAUACCCCAAGCACGUCAGAAGUGAAGAUAGUCUCAGACUCUGAUAUACCUGGUACGUCGAAGCAAUGUUGGUUGUCACAAUUAGAGAUAGCAUUUCCCAACGCUGAAAAAAAAGAUCUAGAAGAUAUUGCAUCAAUUGCCAUAACAAUUGAUGAUGCAGCAUGUCUGCUUCUAGACAAGCAGACAGCUGAUAAAGAGGAAAAUAUAUCCUUGGAGGAUUUAAUUGAGUCGUUUGUAGAGAAAAACGAAUUAUCUGGUGACGAAUGUAUACUUGUAGACCGAGAGACAUUAUGGAUGGACGUUGUUAAGUUCUAUAAGAGAUCACUUACAAAACCAGAUAUCCUCCGAAAAGAACUUUGUGUCUCGUUCAAAAAUGAAGAAGGUCUUGACGGUGGCGCUAUGAAGAUAGAAUUUUUCUCAUUGGCCCUUAACGAGGUAAAAUCUCGAUUGUUUGAAGGUGCUGAGCCAAAUAUGGUACCAAUCAAAGAUGCAACGAAAGGUAUGUUGUUUCAGCUUGCUGGUGUAAUUGUAAGUCAUGCAUUAUUCCAGAGAAGUUCGAUUGGCUUUCCGUUUCUGGCACCACAUAUUUACUCCUAUAUAGUAGGAGAAGAAGAGGAUGAAACCAUAUCCAAAAUUACGAAGGAGCAUAUUCCACUGGAUUCCUCAACCGCAUUAUUGCAUGAAUUCAUAAACUGUCUUGAAACAUGCAAAAACGAUGAUGAUAUCCAUCAGCUGUUAGAGGAAAAUUCGAAAUGCGAAGCAUUUUGGCAGAUUAUAAAUUCGUCACGAUGGCCGAAAGAGAAGGUGAUCAAUAUGAGUAGUAAAGAUUUCCUUUUACAGCAUCUUGUGUCGCACGAAUUUCUUGUCUCAAGGAAGAAUGAAAUACAGGAAUUUUCAGAGGGAUUAAAAUCACUCAGCCUCCUUAAGCUUCUUCAAAAGAAUAAAGAGAUCUGCACAAUUUUAUUCACCGCUGGAGAAUUUCAACCACUUACUGCAGAUGGCAUAAUGGAAAUGAUUAUUGCAGUUGAAACUCACAGUUUUUCUGAACGUCAAGCAUAUGAGUGGUUGAAAUCUUAUAUUAACGAAGAUGAAGAUGAAGAGUUUCCUGGUGAUUCCCGACAACGUGCACUAUUACAGUUCUGGACUGGAUGGACAGUGGUUCCAUUUGGUGGGUUAGCAAAAAGGUUGAAGGUAGCAUUUUUGGCAGAUGACGAUACUAAGAGUCUACCAACAACAUCAUCGUGUACAGCGGUAUUAAGGAUUCCCACAGUCCAUAGCUCAAAGAAAGGUUUUUUUGAAGCAAUGAACAUUGCACUUAAGUUCGGUAGGGUUGGAUUUCCUAACCCUUGA